AUGAAUGGCUCGGGAACUAUGACCAUGGCUCCGAACGCCAGUAGUGCGACGGCCACGAAUACGAAUGCAACGACAAAUACUUCAGCCACGUCGUUUGACGACUGGCUGUUCCCGGACUCGGCCCGCAUGGCCGAGUACGAGUCCGGAAGCUGGGCUGCGGCGCUGGACGGCGGAAGCGGAAGCGGAAGUGGCAGUGGCAGCGGCGUUGGAGCAGCAGCUUCCGCGGACCCGCAGCAAAUGCCGCAGGUGCAGCAGCUGCAAGGGCCGGCCGAUCCGGCAGGGUCCGCCGGUUCGUCGUCGGCGACCUCGUCGGCCGGGUCACCGCUCGACCAGUUCAGCUCGCUGUUCGACUCCCACGCGGUGCUCGCUGGCCGUAACGACGGCAGCGGCUGCGGCGGCGGGUCCGACUCGGACACGCUGCUGACCGCCAACAACUCGGCGUCCGGAUCGCCGGCGCUCGUCAAACACGAGGACGUGGAUGUCGACGUGGAUGUUGACGUGGACGUGGACGUGGACGUGGAUGUCGAUUCCUACGGCGAAUGCGACUCCACCCAGUUGCCGCUGGCGGCGUUAGACGGGUUUGCGGAUCUCGAAGAGGCCGUGGGUCUCGGCGCCGCGUACGGCAACGGCAACGGUGCCGGCGCCGGUACCGGCAACUUCAGGGGCGGCCGCUUGAGCGGGGGAGACGCCGCCAAGGGCGGCUCCUCGAACGACGACUGCAACAGCAGCAGCAACAACAACAGCAUCAGCGGCAACGGCCGCAAUUGCGGAGCGGGUUCGGCAGCCGCCGCCGCCCGCAAGAGACGCGCGCCUCGCAAGAGACUCACUGCGCACCAGAAGGAGGCUCACAACAAGAUCGAGAAGCGCUACCGCAUCAACAUCAACACCAAGAUCGCCAAACUCCAGCAGAUCAUACCCUGGGUAGCGUCCGAAGAGACGGCGUUUGAAGUGGGCGAAAACAAGGCCGCUGCCGCUGCCGCUGCGGCAGCAGCAGCAGCAGCAGCAGCAGCAGCAGGAGGUUCAGGCGCUGCGGUCUUGGCCGGUACCGGCCCUGGCUCCGGCUCCGGCUCCGACGGAUCCGACUCCGCCGGCACCAGCGGAUCGGCAGCCGCGGCGGCUAAACUCAAUGCUGCAGAGGCAUCUGCAACUCCGAAACUCAACAAGAGCAUGAUCCUCGAAAAGGCCGUGGACUACAUUCUGUACCUGCAAAACAACGAGCGGCUAUACGAAAUGGAGGUGCAGCGUCUCAAACGAGAGCUCGAACGCGAAAGACAGCGCACUUAG